CCCUGCUUGAGAGUUUCCGUCCCUCCAACCCCGAAAACGACAACCUCGACAUCCCGCCCAUCGACUCAAGCUUCGGCAAUCGAGAGUCAUUCGACAAGAUGGGUAUCGAUCUUAACCACCACCACGUGCGGAACACCCACCGCAAGGCCCCCAAGAGCGACAAUGUCUACCUCAAGCUCUUGGUGAAGUUCUACCGCUUCCUGGCCCGCCGCACCGACUCGCCCUUCAACAAGGUCGUCCUCCGCCGGCUCUUCAUGAGCAAGAUCAACCGCCCGCCCGUCUCGCUGUCGCGCAUCGCGGGCAACCUCAAGAGGGGCAACGAGAAGAAGACGGUCGUCGUGGUCGGCACCGUCACCGACGACAACCGCCUCCUCGAGGUGCCCAAGGUCACCGUCGCGGCCCUCCGCUUCACCGCCACCGCCCGCGCGCGCAUCCUCGCCGCCGGCGGCCGCACCCUCACCCUCGACCAGCUCGGCCAGGAGAAGCCCACCGGCGCCAACACCCUCCUGCUCCGCGGGCCCAAGAACUCGCGUGAGGCCGUCAAGCACUUCGGCUUCGGUCCCCACAAGAACAAGAAACCCUACGUCGAGUCCAAGGGCCGCAAGUUCGAGCGUGCUCGUGGUCGCAGAAGGUCUCGCGGUUUCAAGGUCUAAGGAGGAUACCCCCGUUAGUUGGUCUGUGGACCGAGAUAUCGACGAUUUCAGUGGUCUGCCGGUGGUUAAUCCUAGGCAUAUAUUCCCACCUCGGUCUUGUGUGCUGCGGAGUUGUGCAUGGUUCGGCGUGAAAUGGCAUAUCAAAAAGGUCUAUGACGAUGAAUUAAGAUUAAAGAGGCAAUCAUUACCGCAACCCAGACCAACUAACUAUUCUGCUGC